AGAAAAGAAGCAGGACUAGCCUACACCAUCGCCUGUAAGCGUGCGGUCAGACUGCUUUCCGAGAGCGCGGAAGACGGCAAGAUAUCAUUUUGAGUUUUUUAAAGUAUAUAAAACGGUUCCAUUAAAGCUGUGUGAGACAGUUCAAUGCAGGAGUACAAUGGCGAAAGUUAAGGGAAUUAAAUCACAGUCGUUUUGCUAGAUCGCUGCGAUCCAACCAGGGAAAGGAUAAGCCUGCUCCUUUCUACAUCAUAUUUUGGGCCGAGGAACUGUUGGGUGGACAGGCUACUUCAGCGGGAUGCUUAUAUGAAGUUAGCACAGGUGAAUUGGCCAGGAAUCUGUAUGUGCCCAUGACAUAUUUCGCAGAGGUUUUUUUACAGACCAUACUAUUCGUAUUUAUUUGCAAAUUUUGUACUACAUGUUUACGUUGUUUUGCCCUUUCAAACAUGAAAUGACAGCAUGGCUGGUAUAUGCUGUCUAUGGAAACAAAAUUGCAAGUGAAAGGUGCUUCACUUGCAGUUAGCAGCUGCAACCAGGAAACGUGUAGCAUGACAAGGAAACCUUGAAAACUUCUUGAUGUUUCUUUUUUGACCAACGUUUGCACCAAAGAGUCACGCUCAGAUGAAUAUAACCAGGAAGAAAAGUCACCGCGUGAUGUUACUUACUCGUGCCUUGCAAACCCUCAUUUUGCUUGCGAAUACGCUACAAAUUACGAUAAAAUGCGCCCUUUGUCAAACUCUGACAUUUCCUAGUAGCAGUCCUCUUGGAUUACUGCAGGACAGUGAUUUCGGAACACUUUCGCCUGUGGAAACUCAUCAGAACUCAACAUGGAAAGAGACAACUACUGAAAAGUUUACUCCAAAGAAUGGCAUUACAAGAAGACCUCUUCGUUUUCCUAAACACCACCACCAAGAACAGAAUGGUGAGCCACUGGAGAGAACCAGGCCAUUUGUCCUAGUGGAUGGACACAGAACAGAUCUGAGUAAGGCGCUACAGGAUGGCCACCCAGAAAAGCUGGUGUGUGAGCUGCAGGUUGGAGGCACCCUCUACCAGCUGGACCUGGAGAAAAAUCAUGGUCUGAUGCCCAAGCCUCCCAAUGUGUUUCACUACCUUCCAAAUGGUACUGGGGUCUCGCUGGAGGACAGUCUGCCGAUGCACUGCCACUAUCAUGGUUCAGUGAGGGGAUUCCCCCAGUCUCGAGUGGCUCUGAGCACCUGCUCUGGGUUACGGGGGGUGAUUGUGAUUAAUGCAACUCUUGGCUUUGAGCUACUGCCUGAAGAGAAGGCAAAACCUAAGGGAUGGAAGGAAGGUUGGAGAGGGAAGGAGGAAGAGGAGGAGGGGAUGCACCUGCUCAUCCCCACACAUCGGCUGGAGUCUCGGCCCGGGGACUGUGGGGUGUCCCACACCCAAGUGCCUCUCCUGGCUGCUGUGCCCCACGCGCACCGGAGUAAGAGAGACAUUCUUUCUGAGACUAAGUACAUUGAGCUGGUGUUGGUGGUUGAUCAUAAAGAGUACAAGAACUAUCAGAAGAACGACAAGACUGUCUUAUACCGCAUGUUGGAUGUGGCCAACCAAGUGGACUGGUUUUACAGACCUCUCAAUGUGCGUGUGGCCCUGGUGGGUGUGGAGAUCUGGAAUGACCAGGACAAGAUCAGGGUGGACAAGAACCCCACGGAAACACUCAACCGCUUCCUGGAAUGGCGCACCCGCGAGCUGCUGCCCCGCCUGCACCAUGACAACGCCCAGCUCGUCAUGGGGGACUCGUUUGAUGGGACCACAGUGGGGAUGGCGUCUCAGUCCUCCAUGUGCUCUAAGGACCGGUCUGGUGGCGUCAACGUGGACCACCUGGUGAGUGUGCUGGGCGUGGCCUCCACGGUGGCCCACGAGCUGGGACACAACCUGGGCAUGAGCCACGACACCGCCGACCGCCGCUGUCAGUGCCAGAACGAGCCGCGCCUGGGUGGCUGCAUCAUGGAGCCCUCCACCGGAUUCAUGCCAGGACAGCUGUUCAGUAGCUGCAGCGCGCAGGACCUGUCUCUUAGCCUGCUCCACGGGGGCGGGAUGUGCCUCUUCAACGUGCCCCAGCCCGAGAAGCUGCUGGGGGGGCCGCGUUGUGGGAACCUGUACGUGGAAAAGGGAGAGGAGUGCGACUGUGGCCUGGUUGACGAGUGCAAUGAUCCGUGCUGCAACGCCAGCACCUGCAAGCUGGUUCCAGGUGCGCAGUGUUCCUCUGAUGGUAUCUGCUGCAAUAACUGCAAGCUGCGCCCGGCUGGCUGGGUGUGCAGGGACCCCCUGGGGGAGUGCGACCUCCCGGAGCACUGCACCGGGGCCUCCCCCUACUGCCCCGACAACGUCUUCCUCCAGAACGGGGCGCCCUGCGAGGGGGGCGAGUCGUACUGCUACAGCGGGAUCUGUGCCAGCCUGGACUCCCAGUGCCAGAUGCUGUGGGGCCCCAACUCCACUAAGGGUCCAGAGGUUUGCUUCUCCUCCGUCAACAAGCAGGGAAGUAAGCACGGCAACUGUGGCCAGACGCCGAACGGGACGUACAUUCCUUGUUCCGCUGCUGAUGUGCUGUGUGGGAAGAUCCAGUGUCAGGGGGGAACAGAGCGCCCCCGCCUGGGCUCGAACGCGCAGAUCCUCACCACCAAAGUGCGUCUGAACUACACGGACCUCGUGUGCCGCGGGACCUAUUUCGACCUGGGGGACGACGUCUCGGACCCCGCCAUGGUGUCGCAAGGAGCCGCCUGUGGGCCUGGCAUGGCCUGUGUGAACCAGCGGUGCCGGGCCGUGUCAGUGUUCGGGGUGGAGGAGUGUCAGAGGAAGUGCAACGGGCAUGGGGUCUGCAACAGCAAUAAGAACUGCCACUGUGGCAUGGGCUGGGCUCCUCCGGACUGCAGAUACUCAGGCCACGGAGGCAGUGUGGACAGUGGGCCAGCCAGAGACCCCAAAGAAUCGGACCCUGUGCGCAUAGCCCUGCUGGUCACCUUCCUCUUCGUCCUGCCCGUGCUGCUGCUCUUCCUGGCCCUGCGUUACCCCCGCUGUCGCCGAAAGCUCUCCUGCCUGAGGGGGAGCCCCUUCCACAAGGGCCCCGGCCGCCAGCAGAGCAGGACCCCGGUGACGGAGCGUGUGGACGCCAGAAAUGGAGAACAGGUCCUGCCGCUGAGAUACCACGUUACGCACCAGACGGAGAUCCCACUGACCCCGGCAUCAAACAAGGUUCAGGACAGGCCUGCACCUCCUAAUAAGCCCCUCCCACCUGAUCCAGUGAUUAAACACAGCCAGUCGGCAGGGGAUCGGCCAGCCCCUCCCAGCAAGCCCCUACCCCCUGACCCCGUUCCCACUGGCACCAAGCCGAUGGGGGACCGACCAGCGCCUCCAAACAAGCCUCUUCCUCCUGACCCUGUCCUCACAGACAGACAGACCUUCAGGCCGGGCAAACCACCUGUGCCCAGGAAACCCUUGCCUGCUGACCCCUCAUCACAUCCUGUCCCCGGAGUCCCGCCAUCGCGUCCCACCUCUGGAGUACCUGUGGAACCUGGAGCCAGUGUAUCUUCCGUUCCAAAUUAUGGCCCGCGUGUUGCCAUUGUCCCAGCCAGACGUGCUCCUCUUCCACCAAUUCGGAUGGCGGAAUCCAGCAAGUCCCCUGCACCUCCCCCGGUUUAACCAGCUGAGGCUUGCUGGGAUUUUUGUGGACUGGGUCACACUCCACUAAACUGCACUGAUCUUUUAUAAGGGCUCUGCUCAGAGCUUUCCAACUGCACAGAAUCCUGUUGGUGAGCUCCUCCACACCCCAACCCCUAACUAUGCUGCAAUCCAUUGGCUCUUUUUCCUGAAGUCCUUUUUCCCUAACACAAAGACGCUCAGUCUAGCAGCAAUGUUUAGGCACUUUCUGUUGGGUUACGGCUGGGAACAGAGCCUGAAGAAAGCCAAUUAACGUCUUCCUGCAGCCAGAGAUGCCUUUGUGAUGCAAUUGCAAAAAUCGAUCAGCUGCGAAAUUUACAUGAGCUUCUAUAUAAGACUGCAGGACACUCAGCUAGAGAAAAGCCCUUCAGACUGCAAGAGGUGUGUAGGAAAUGGCUAAAUAAAGCCAUGACUGCCUUCAGCAUGCUGGAGAGAUUGCACUGAAACCAAUACCCUGUGCUUAUUCUCCAUGUUUCUGGAUUUGGAAUGAGCGUCUGGAUUGGGAGGUAAGCACAGGUCAUUAACAUUCACCUCUCGCUGUCUGCAUCGUUUCAGAAUUUGUGAUCUUUGCACAGGGGUGUGGGGGUUGUUUUGUACUCCACCUUUACAAGCUAACCACUGUAGCCCCCAAAGGAGGUGAACUAAGAGAACUGUGGCCCUCACCUCACUUUCUUAAAAAUCUUGCUAAAUCCUGGGAUGUCAAGAGCUUCAAACUGUUUAUUUUAACAACCCUUAUUUUUCACUUCAGCUGACAGCAUAUUGGGACAUAUUCUAAAUGGUGGAUAUUUACAAGUUGAAGGCUCUGUGUUCUGUGUUUACUAUGAAGAAAGAUGGCAGUUGCAAACUUUGUAGUAUUAUCCCUCCAAGUAUCUGGGAGGGGGAGAGAGAGAAAAACUGGAAACAGGAAUGAAAAAGCAUUUCAAGUCAGGAACUUGUGGGUUGUUUUUCAGAAGAUGGAGGAAUGCUUUGAAUGCGGACUGAUUUCUUGCUGCAAUAGAUUUAUUAUCCCUUGCGAGACACGAUCUCGCAGAAGGACUUUUACCGGAAGAGGACACACACAAAUUCUCCAGCAGGAAGCCGCAAGCAGUCAUAAUGGGAGCCUUUUAUUUAUUCUAGAAUGUGUUUGCAGCCCCCUGGUUGAACCCAGGCUGCCCUAAUGGACAUUUAAUGGACUCCAAGCACAUGGCUGUGGUUUCAGCUCAAACCAGAGUGACAGUUUCCCGUAGUGUAAAGAAAAAUAAUUGUUUUACCUUCCUGUGAAAAUCAACUACUGGUCCCAGCUUCUGCCUUAAUACAUAAGAUGAGCUGUAUAAACAUUACUUUACGCUGGCCUUUAUUUGGUGGUUUUGUCAACUGAAAGAAGUUGAAAAUGUCUUGAUCUAAUGAAGCCAUUUUAAGUCACACUGAUGAGGAAUAACUGAAGGUAAUCUUACAGUAGCUGAUUUGAAGUCUGUUGCACCCAAUGAGGGGAAAAUUAACUUUUUAUUAUUAUUUAUUAUUAUCAUUAUUUUUCGUAAAGUCAAUUUAACUCUUAACCCAUACCAGAGUUCCCAUAGAGAGUCCCAAGUCAAUGUAGAUUCAUCUUUUGCGUGAGGCUGGACUAGCAUGAUGUUUUUUUGCCACAUAUGUUUUCUCAUCCCCUGAACAAUCCUUGAACACUAACAUUGUUUACUGGAGUGAUCGGAAACAAAAAGUUGAAAGUGUGAAAGUGACAGGCAUAUUAUGUGAGUCAAGUAGCAAUACAUCAAUGUAAAAAUGACAUUACCUAAUUUUGUUUGUGAACCUCUCCACCACUGUCAUUAAUUAUGUUCAAGGACAUACUUCACUGUUGCACAUAAUAUGCAACAUAAAUAUCCCUGCUGAUCUGAGAGUCAGACUGAAACUACGUUUUUCCCCCUAACCAAAUAUGGCAGAUGGACAAUGGACAUAUUGUAGGCUUGACUGUAGUUGUAAAUUCUUAUUUUGCCUUACUGGCAUGUGUCAUUUUCAUGUUUUCAAACACUGUCACUCCUGUAUUCCUGACUUUUCUCUCAUGGUGGUAAUGCAAGGCUUAUUUUUCAGUGCUCCAACGUUAACAGAACAAUCCAUAUAAAACUUUCUUCUGAUCUGUCCUGUGAAACAAAUGCAGUAUUAUCAGAGGGGGGAGGUAAAUGAAGCACUUAAAAUGUGAUGUGGCUUUGGUAUGCAGCUUUCUGCACUCAUGUUGAGGCCUGUGCUGCCCGAGAAUUAAAAUUAAUUAUGUUGAAAAACA